CUCCUGGUGAACGGUGUCCCCAGGAUUCGCGAUCAGAGGCUGGAGUAGACCCUAUCCAUAACCUGUCAGUAGGUCUUGCUGUAGAGUCCUUAAACCUCUUCUUCGGUGCUCCUCUGUCGUGAUGGCCAAGGGCGAGUGCAGCUUGCAGCAGUCUUGGAUUGCCAACUGUGGAACUUUUACUGAAUCGAUGCAAAAUGGCUUCAGAUAAUACACACCGUAGUUACUCCAUCAUACCAUGCUUCAUAUUUGUGGAGUUGGUGAUCAUGGCCGGGACGGUGCUGCUGGCGUACUACUUUGAAUGCACAGACACGUUUGGGAUCCACAUCCAGGGCUUCUUCUGUAACGACGCUGACCUGAUGAAGCCGUACCCCGGGGCGGAGGAGAGCAGCUUCGUCCCUCCUCUCAUCCUCUACUGCGUGGUGGCCGCUGCGCCCACAGCCAUCAUAUUCGUUGGUGAGAUCUCCAUGUAUAUCAUGAAGCCCACUAGAGAAGCUCUCAUAGCCCAGGAGAAAACCAUUGUGACGGGCGAGUGCUGCUACCUAAACCCUCUCAUCCGCAGAAUCAUUAGGUUUAUUGGUGUCUUCGCGUUUGGCCUGUUCGCCACCGACAUCUUUGUCAACGCCGGCCAGGUAGCGACUGGCAAUUUGGCGCCGUAUUUCCUGAGCGUCUGCAAGCCAAAUUACACCGGGAUGGAUUGUCACUUCAACUACCAGUUCAUCGCCAAUGGAAACAUCUGCACUGGGAACCAGGUGGUGGUGGAGAGAGCCAGGAGGUCCUUCCCAUCCAAAGACGCUUCGCUCAGUGUCUACUCUGCUGUCUAUGUUACUAUGUACAUCACGAGCACCAUCAAGACAAAAAGCAGUCGUCUGGCCAAGCCUGUACUUUGUCUGGGAAUCCUGUGUGCUGCAUUCCUGACUGGAUUGAACCGUGUGUCAGAAUACCGCAAUCACUGCUCAGACGUCAUCGCUGGAUUCAUAUUAGGAAGCUCCAUAGCUCUUUUUCUGGGAAUCUGUGUAGUGAACAACUUCAAAGGGACUCACUCCACUCCUACCAAACAGAAGCAGGAGGAUUACCGCGGCCUUCCCUUGAUGACAUUCCCCCGUGUGGAAAGCCCUCUCGAGACGCUCAGCGCACAGAACCAUUCGGCGUCCAUGACUGAAGUCACAUGACUAAGGGGGCAGCACCGGGUCACGUUUGCUUCACCUCAACACUUCUAGGCACAAAAAGUUUUUUUUGUACUGUGGCAUACUGUAAAAAAAGAAAAAGUAAAA